AUGGCGGAGGCAACGCGGGUGGCGAGUCAGAUUCUUUUCCAAAACUCCCUUGCGGAAGUUGUGCGGAAGUUGCGCUCCGCCAAGAAGAGCGAGGCGGAGGUGAUUGAGCAAUGCAUCGCGGAGACACGGAAGGAGAUUACAUCCACGGUGCAGAGUGUGAAGGUCACAGCGGUGCUGAAGGCGGUGUACUUCUCUAUGCUCGGUUACUCCGCAGCAUACGGGGCGUUUAACAUUAUUGAAGUCAUGGCUGAUAGAUCAUUUGCGCACAAGCGUAUUGGAUACAUGGCGGCAUGCAUCACCUUCACCCCGAAGACAGACGUCUUGCCGCUUCUGACGGCAUUACUGAAGCGCGAUCUCGCAAGUGCGAAUCAGUACGAAGUGGGGUUUGCGCUUUACUGUAUUUCCUCUAUCUGCACAAAGAACAUUGCGAGGGACCUUGUUGUGGAUGUUGUGAAUCUGCUGAAUCAUCCACGAAAUUACGUCCGCAAGAAGGCGGUGCUUAGUCUGUAUCGCAUAUUUUUUGAGUAUCCUGACGCCCUGCGGCCAACGUACCCACGGCUAAAGGAAAAGCUGGAUGAUCACAGCGAACGUUGCGACAAUGAUCCUGCCGUACGUGGGGCGGUGGUGUGUAUCCUGUGUGAACUUGCUCGCCGCAAUCGAG